CUCCCAUUAAGCUUGUCUUAUGCUGAGCUACGUUUGUAAUAUCCAAUUACAAUAAUGUACCUUAGAUUCUUUGUUCUCACCCUUUAAAAAUUCUCUGCAGCUUUUCCAGUUUAGGAGCAUUUGUUUCACUCUGUAAGAUAUUUCCCCAGUCUGGACUGCUUUUGAACGUUCAGGAAAUCUCUUUGCUUUACCUUCAACAAGGUAUACAUUUGUACUCUUUGAUUUUAGAUUGUGUCAGAUCAGAAAUGGGAUUUCGAAGAUGCAUUGCCUUUGGCAGUCUCUGGACAACAAGAACGCGGGCUUCUGGUCGACCUUUGUGCCACUUUGGCUUGCUGCCUCCCCGAAUUCCAAGGGGUCUCCUCAGAGCUAUGGGAAAGGGAAGCUCCCGCCCGGCCCCACUCCUCUCCCAAUUAUUGGAAAUAUCCUACAUGUAGAUGUGAAGGACAUCAGCAGUUCCCUACGCAAUUUCUCAAAAGCCUAUGGCCCUGUGUUCACUCUGUAUUUUGGCAUGAAGCCCACAGUGGUGUUGCAUGGCUAUGAAGCAAUUAAGGAAGCCCUGAUAGAUCUGGGAGAAGAAUUUUCUGGAAGAGGUCAUUCUCCAGUAGCUGAAAGAGCUAGUAAGAACUUUGGAGUCAUUUUCAGCAAUGGAAAGAGAUGGAAGGAGAUCAGACGUUUCUCCCUCAUGACCCUGAGGAAUUUUGGGAUGGGCAAGAGGAGCACUGAGGACCGCAUUCAGGAGGAAGCCCGCUGCCUAGUGGAGGCCUUGAGAGAAACCAACGCCUCACCCUGUGAUCCCACUUUCAUCCUGGCCUGUGCUCCCUGCAAUGUGAUCUGCUCCAUUAUUUUCCAGAAACGUUUUGAGUAUACAGAUCAAGAUUUUCUGAACUUGCUAGAAAAAUUGGAUGAAAACACACAGAUUGUGAGCUCCCCAUGGAUGCAGUUCUGCAAUGCGUUCCCCAUGCUGAUUGAUUAUUUCCCAGGGAGUCAUAACAAAUUACUAAAUAAUGUUGCUUAUUUAAGAAGUUAUUUUUUGGAAAAAGUGAAAGAACAUCAAGAAUCCUUGGACAUUAACAAUCCCCGGGACUUCAUUGAUUGUUUCCUCAUCAAAAUGGAACAGGAGAAGCACAAUCAAGAGUCUGAAUUUAUUACUGAAAAUUUGAUAAUCACAGUAUCUGAUCUGUUUGUUGCUGGGACAGGGACAAGUACCACCUUGAGAUACGGACUCCUGCUUCUGAUGAAACACCCCAAGGUCUCAGCUAAAAUCCAGGAAGAGAUCAACCAUGUGGUUGGCAGACACCGGAGCCCCUGUAUGCAGGACAGGAGCAGCAUGCCGUACACGGAUGCCGUGGUGCACGAGAUUCAGAGAUACAUUGACAUCAUCCCCAACAACCUGCCCCAUGCAGUGACCCGUGACAUUAAAUUCAGGAACUACUUCAUCCCCAAGGGCACAACCAUACUAACAUCAUUGUCUUCUGUGCUGCACGACAACAAAGAGUUCUCAAACCCAGAAGUGUUUGACCCUGGUCACUUUCUGGAUGACAGUGGCAACUUUAAAAAGAGUGACUACUUCAUGCCUUUCUCAGCAGGAAAAAGAAUUUGCCUGGGAGAGGGCUUAGCCCGCAUGGAGCUGUUUUUAUUCCUGACUACCAUUUUACAGAAAUUUACCUUGAAGCCUCUGGUUGACCCAAAAGACAUUGACACCACCUCAGUGGCCAGUGGAUUUGUCUCUGUUCCACCCUCGUAUCAGGCCUGCUUCAUUCCUGCCUGAAGAAGGAGAGAUCGUCUGAGUGCUUCUGUGCUUUCACCUGCAAAUCACCUUCACUGGGGCAUUGUACACCUCCUUUCCAGUAAUUUCUCUGAACUGUCCUCUCCAUAGCUCCCUAUUCUUUCAAGAUCCAGUGAAAAUCUAACUCUGUUAAGGGGAGUUUUCUGUGUUUCACAGUGUAAACUUAUCUCCUAUUCUCCAUGUUCUGUAAUACUUCUAUUUGUUACUAUGCCUUAAUGCUUCCCUAACUGAAUUAGUACUGUGUUACCACUCUGUAACAGAGCAAAGAAUGAUUUUUUUUCCUGUUGCCCUUGAGUAGUGUCCAACUCAUGCAACCCCAGGUGUGUUAGAGUAGAACUGUGCUCCAUAGGGUUUUCAGUGGUUGAUUUUCAGAAUUAGAUCACCAGGCCUUUCUUCUUCACCAGGUUCCUCUGGGUAGAUUAGAACUGCCAAUCUUUUUGUUUGCUAUUUUCAGGAAAACAAAAAUAACUGAGAGCUUAACUACACCACCAGGUACUCCUCACUUAGUACAAAGGGCACUAAUAUUUCAUCAUCAGAGGGGGCAGUAGAGGUAUGCAAAAUAUCACCACAGUAUAUUCCUAAAGUAAUACUUACAGGAGGCAAGGUUCUGGAUGACGAUGUAUUUGAAACCUUAUAAAAUUUGUGUGAAACCAAUGUGUAUAAUGAGAUUGUGUGGUUUCUCUUAACUGCUUUGGAGAGAGUGGAGAAAUAAAAGGAUGAUUUGUGGGUUUCGAUUUCCACCACCAGUGCCACAUAAAUAACUUGAAAGUUUCUAUGUCCUCCCUGAAAGAAAACCUUAUCUCCUGUAGUUACAUGGCUGAGAUUUCAGAAAACAAAACCCAGAGUCUCAUCUUGUGAGUGGCUGAAUUAUAAUGCAAACUGAUUUCCAUCCCUCUCAAGGUGUCUUCUGUUAAAGUGAGGGCAUUGAUUGGAAAGGAAUGGGAUUAUGGAAAUUGGAAUGUAGACAUAUGGGCAGACCCUGAUGAAGUUGGGGACAUUGAACCACAAUGUUCUGAUAUGGCUUCUUUGCUGGUAGAAGCAGACUUUAUACCCCUGUCUAAGGAAAUUAACCCUGCUUUGCCAAAAGAACCUGUAAUGAUCACCUCUCAGGUAGUUUCCAUGAAAGACACCGCUGAUUCUUCUCAGAACCCACCCAACCACCCCUCUGGGCUUCCAGAAUUAAAAUUAGACUCUAGUCCCAGCGAGCCCAAAAAGGUGAUGUACAAAGUAUGACCCAUGAGUAGGUAUGCCACACUCCAAAUAACUGCAUGAUUUUUCCAAUUUCUACAGACAGAAAUAUAGAGAAUAUGUGUGAGAAUGGAUAUUAAGGGUGUGGGAUAAUGGUGGAAGGAACAUAAAGUUUAACCACAAUGAAUCUAUUGAUAUGGGUCCACUAAGCACAGAUUCUAGAUUCAGUUUCAUAGCUCAAGGAGUUAGACCUGCCCACCCACAG